AGCAGCAGGAGUUUAAGGAAGACAACCUCCACACUCAGAAUUAUAAGAUCUGGAAAAUACUGCUGGAAAAAAAAGAUCUGAUGUUUGCCUGCGAGAUGCAGAUUCUGCUGCGACUGGCUGUCCUGGUGGUGUUCCUUGUCGUAGCGGUGGCUCAGAUCCCCUCACCUCACUUCCUGUUCCAGAGACACAUGUCCUGGUCCAAAGCGCGGGAGUUUUGUCAGCUGCACUAUGUGGACCUGGCCGUGCUAAACACAGAGGAGCAGUACUUUGCUGUCCUCAAUGCCACCCUUGCAAGCAAAGUCAGCUUCUGGCUCGGUCUGCGGCGUCAGAGCAGCCUCAGCAACUGGACCUGGGUGAACGGGGAAGAGCUGAAGUACACACACUGGUAUAGGAGGAAUUACAGAAGCCUCUGUGCCAGUAUGGAGUCCAUGUUGGAUAAAGACAAGAAGAUGCUGGCUCGCUUCUGUGAUGAGCCGCACAUGUUUGUCUGUCAGGGUCCAGUUGCUCCACAGACAGUGAAGGCAGCAUCAGUGGGCAACGGUCAGUUGAAUCUCAGCUGGAACAUCUCUGCCUUUAUGCAGAUGACACCACACCGUUACAACGUGACCACGUGUACCAGCACAUGUGACACAGUCGUGCACUCUUACACCAAUGGCUCGGCCUUCAUGAGCGUCAACAUCUCCAGCCUGACUUCAGCCCCUGAGACCUUCAUCCAGGUCGCUGCUUUCGUUGUUCGGCCUGACGCUGUGACUGGUGGUGAAAGGAUCCUUCAAAGUGAUCCCACAACUUUACACUACGAAACGGCAGAUUCUACUAAGCAGCACAACGUGAUCCCUCUCAUUUUGAAGCUGCUCCAGAUCGUGUCCCUGGUUCCUCCGCUGUGGAUUCUUUAUCGUAUCAUCAAAAAAGGUUUUGAGCUGGAUCAUGACGUCUCAGAGGAGUUGAGAUCAGUGGAGAGUGUAAUUAUUGAUCUGAUCCCUGAGAAACCACAGGAACUGGCUGAAAAGGGCUAAACAUCAAUCACCUAAGGGAACGGCAACACAGAUCCAGAAAAAGUUGAAUAUAUAACUAAAAGGAAGGGAUGAGCUUUCCAACCUGGAAUAACAGGACCAAUGUUUGGAAGUUCUUGAGAACCUGACCAGUCACCACGUUAGUGAGGAUUAAAAUGAUCCGUGUAGUAGAUCAUUGUGGAGAUGGCUCAGUAGAGCACCUCACGCUGCUGUCUGCUCACCGCCGCCUGCUCCCAGUGCAUCGCCACGAUCUCCUCCACCAUUUGAGUCUGUGCAGCCAAUGACUGGAGCUGCUGCGGAGCCGUCAUUCGAUCGGAU